AGACCACCGGGCAAACCCUUGACUAUUUGGAGAAAUGAUGCGGAGAAAAAGGACACCCACUGGGAUCCAGAGAAACUGCAAUGCGAGUUUCAAGUCUCCGGUCCCUUCCCUGGGGGCUUCUCAUCCUUCUGACAAGGAUGCCCUGGAGCAGGAAAUUGAAAAGCUAAAGGAAAAUCAGCUUGUGCUGGAUGAAGAAAUAGCACAGUUACUGGCUGAAGGAUACAGCCUGGAGGAAUUAGAAAACCACAUCGCUUUGCUCCAUGAAUACAAUGAGAUAAAAGACGUGGGACAGAUGCUUCUAGGAAGACUGGCCUGGACAUCAGAGGGAAAAGAAAGACAUACCAAUACACCUAAAGGGAUACUUACAAGAACGGCCUGGCCUGAGAAGAUCUGGUGUUAAAACACGUGUGGAUCACAGUCCAGGAUUCAGACAUAUGUCUUUGCAAAGAAUGCAUCACAGACCAUCAUGGGAAAUAAAACUGCCGUAUUAAAGAUUAAUUAACAGUGGCUAGAUGUGUCAGAAAUAAACACCUGAGUAAAGUUAACACAGUAACAUUUGUAGUAGUAGUAUUACUAAUAUUGUUACCUGUUUAUCUCAAUCUACAAGGAGAAAAAAUAUGCAACAAAUCAAAUGAAUACCUUACGAUAAAAACUUUUAAUCGAUGGGACAAAUCAGUUAUUUCCACUGAACAAUAGCACACAGCUAGGUUGUGCUCUCGCACAAAGAGUUUGAUUUGGCCAUCAAGUCACACCAGGCCUUAAUCACAAUGAACCACGGAGCUACGCAGAGGAGUUCUGAAACACUGGACCACUCUGGAUCAGCACCCUGAC